GCUAAAUUCACAAAACAAUCGACCGAUCAACAGCGGCAAAGACCGCACUUUCCCGCCAAAAGAAUGCUUUUGUCUGCGUGUACUGGUUUGCGGUUUCCCGAACAAGCAAUGAACAAAAUGGCGAUACGAAAACUGUGAAUGGAAACCGGCCGUAAAACAUGAGGUGUGCACCUUCCUAAGCCUGGAUCAUGGCCACAAUGUAUGCGAGGGAAUAAUGGGACAAUAGCAACUAGCAAACCAAAUCCACCUAUUCAACCACCAUGUGUACCUUGUGUUAUUCCCCCGAACUGUCCUGUUCCACAACCAUGCCCAACACAAUGCCCUGCACCAUGCCCUCCAGUGUCAACAACAACAACAACAAUAACAACAACAACAGCCAUACCACCACCAACUCCCGCACCACCACCAACAACAACGGCUACGAUACCCUCCAAGCCAUCGCCUCCAGUACCAACAACCACAACAACAGCUGCACCACCACCAUCCACAAAUGCUACAACUCCCUCCAAGCCGUCACCUCCACCAGUUACUCAACCACCAUGUGUACCUUGCGUGAUUCCCCCGAACUGUCCUGUUCCACAACCAUGCCCAGCACAGUGCCCUGUGCCAUGCCCUCCAGUUGCAACAACAACACCAACAGCUGCACCACCCCCAACCACGACGGCUACAAUGCCCUCCCAGCCGCCAUCUCCACCAGUUACACCUACGAUGAAAACAUCAACUACAGUACAACCACCCCCUGUAACAUCAAAACCUCCCCCUCCAGUAACAAAACCAAAAUCUCCUGGUACAACCAAGCCUCCUGCUACAACAAAACCUCCAGGACCUACAAAGAAACCACCUCCUGUUACUCCUCCUUUUAAAACGACAACAAAACCAAGUGUAGUAGUGACAACAAAACCAGUUACCACAUCACCCAGGCCUCCUGUUGUGCCAACAACUCCAAAGCCUCCUGUAAAUGGAAACUAUACCUCUUGGAGUGUAUGGUCAGAGUGUUCAGCUACUUGUGGUGGCGGUAUUCAAGAGAGGACCAGGGCUUGUACAUAUCCAAAACCUCAAAAUGGGGGAAAGGAUUGUGCAUUACUGGGCCCUGCUGUGGAAACACAGAGCUGUAACUCACAACCUUGCCCAACUGAUGGUGGCUUCAGUAACUGGGGAGUUUUCACUCCUUGUAGUGCAACUUGUGGAGGAGGUGUGCAGUCUCGCAGCAGGGUCUGUGAUAAUCCUGCUCCUCAGUACAAUGGAAAGGACUGCGUGGGACCAGUCAAUGAAACAAGGGCAUGCAAUACCUUUUACUGCCCAAGUAAGUUUAAUAAACUCUAUCUUCACCUAUUUAAUUAGUAUAGAUAAUCAAAUGGUGACCAGUGGAAAAUGCAGCAAAAGUUAUUUCCGUAUUUCACGAGUAUACCAUUUAAGGUUACCAUACAUGUAUACCUUUAGAGGUGUCUCAUAUCCAAGUGAUGUAACGUGUCCAGCUUAGGCUGUAGAUACCUAAACCUCUGUCAUCAAGUUAAAGCUUUUAGAGUUGGCUAUCAAACCAUAGCUUACAAGAAUUUUGAAAUAAAAAUAAUGAAUUGUCAA